AUGCAGGACCAUGGAGGAGAGAGACAGGUCGCCAGCAGUCUGCCCCACAGCGUCAAGGCGAGCCUGUCUCUUUCUCCAUCUGGGCCAGGACGGGUGGGCAGUGGAGGGGGCUCCCCUACGUCCAAGAUGGGCUACUGUGGAGGGGUGCCUGUGGAGGACAUGCAGGCUUUGGCCAUCACCUCUCUGUCGGCAGCAGAUGUAGCCAAACAGUAUGAGCACAUCCGUGAGCUGGGGAAGGGCACGUACGGCAAGGUGGACCUGGUGGCACACCGGACACAGGGCUCCAAAAUGGCGCUCAAGUUUGUUACCAAGAACAAGACGAAGCUCAAGAGUUUCCUGCGGGAGUACAGUCUAACAGGCUCACUUAGCUGCAGCCCUUUCAUUAUCAAAGUGCUGGACGUCCUCUUUGAGACGGAGGACAGCUAUGUGUUUGGACAGGAAUAUGCCCCCGCCGGGGACCUUUUCGACAUCAUCCCCCCACAGGUGGGUCUGCCAGAGGAAAUGGUCAAACGCUGCAUGCAGCAACUGGGCCUGGCUCUGGACUUCAUGCACAGUAAAAACCUGGUGCAUCGGGACGUCAAGCCUGAGAAUGUGCUCCUAUUUGACCGGGAGUGCCGCCGCAUCAAACUGGCUGACUUUGGCAUGACCAGACGCGUGGGAUGCCGUGUGAAACGGGUGAGUGGCACCAUCCCCUAUACGGCGCCAGAGGUGUGCCGCGCCAGCCGUUCUGAGGGUUUCCUUGUGACCACCAGUCUGGACGUUUGGGCGUUUGGCGUUCUGGUCUUCUGUAUGCUGACAGGUAAUUUCCCCUGGGAGGCAGCGCUGGCGGCUGAUGCCUUCUAUGAGGAGUUUCGACGCUGGCAAAAAGCAGGGUGCCCUGUGGGGACCUACCCGUCUCAGUGGCGCCGCUUCACUGAUGAUGCCCUGCGCAUGUUUCAGCGGCUGCUUGCUUCCGAGCCGGAAAAACGCUGCGGAGUCAAGGACGUCUUCUGCUUUGUCAAGUACGAGCUUGUCAGCGAGCUCAGACGCAGAGCAUCCUGCCGAGCCAAGAGAGGCGAGAGGUCAAGCUCGGGAGUGUGCACCGGCAGUUGCACUCCCUCCUCGACCUCCACUUCAUCACGUUCCUCGCACAGACACCCUGAGCCCUCCACCCCUCCAGGAACAACAUGCCUCCGCCCAGCACCACUCAAACGCAGUGUCCUGUCCGACCCGCUGUCUCCCAGAGAGGAGUCUGGACAGCACCAGUCUCCAGGCCGAGACAAGAACAAAAGCCAGAUGGUAAUGGCAACUGCCAUCGAAAUCUGUGUGUGA